CGGGGUCGGGGCGCCGCCGGGCGACCGUCAGCUGCAGCAGGUGCUGAAGCGGCUGCGCCUGCGGAGCGAGGAGAUCUCGGCGGCGGCGCGGGCGGUGAACGCGCUGGUGGAGCAGCUGCAGCGGGCCCUGCAGGCCUCCGAGUUCUGCGGGGCGUCGGUGCUGCGCUCCGGGAGCUACUACGAGCGCGUGAAGAUUUCUGCACCUAAUGAAUUUGAUGUCAUGUUUAAAAUGGAACUCCCCAGAAUUCAGCUAGAGGAAUAUUCUGACAGCGGUGCCUUUUACUAUGUGAAAUUCAAAAGAAAUCCCAAAGGAAACCCUCUGAGUAAGUUUGUAGAAGACGAAGUAUUAUCAGCUUCUGGGGUGCUGGCGAAAUUUAGAAAAAUCAUUAAGGAUGAAAUUGAAAAAAUCAACUCACUGAAACCAACUUCGUCCGAUCUUCAGUUACAUCACUUCCAGGAAAAACCGGAUAAAAAGAUCGUUAUGCAGAGGAAAGUACCCGGGAGCCCUGCUGUAACACUUGUUAUUAAAGAACCUAAAGAAAUAUCCGUGGAUAUAAUCCUUGCCCUGGAAUCAAGGAGUAGCUGGCCUCCGAAGACCUUGGAAGGGCUGCCCGUCGGAGAAUGGCUAGGACGAAAAGUCAGAACUAAACUAAGACAACAGCCGUUUUACCUUGUACCCAAGCACGCGAAAGAAAGACAAAGUUUCCAAGAAGAGACAUGGCGGCUGUCUUUCUCUCACAUCGAAAAGGACAUUUUGAAUAAUCAUGGAAACUCAAAAAGUUGCUGUGAGACUGAUGGAGAGAAAUGUUGCAGGAAGGACUGUUUAAAACUAAUGAAAUACCUUUUGGAACAGCUGAAAAAAAAGUUUGAAAAACGAGAAGAAUUGUCUAAGUUUUGUUCCUACCAUGUGAAAACUGCCUUCCUUCACUUAUGUGUCAAGUACCCGAGGGACAGUUUCUGGAAGCCCGAAGACCUACACCGCUGCUUCGAUGACUGUGUGGGCUUCUUCCUCGACAGGCUCAAGGAAGAAGAACUUAAACAUUUUUUUAUUCCUGAGGUCAAUCUCUUCUCUCCAGAAUACAUUAACAAAAGAAGUAAAACAUUUCUGGAAAAGCAAAUUGAAGAGGAAAGAAACAAUGGAUUCCCAAUUUUUAGUGAAUUUUGAAAUUAUAGUCUAAAAAAGAAUCAAGGAUUAGAGUGACUAUAACAGUUGAGAUUGCCAUAGCAAUUAUGGUGUAAAAAGAAGGUAAUUAAUUCCAGUGGGUCGGGGGCUGGGGAUUUAGCUCAGCGGCAAAAGCGCCUGCCUGGCAUGUGCAAGGUCGUGAGUUCAGUUCCCGGUACCGGAGAAAAACCAAAAAAAAAAAAAAAUAAUAAUAAUUCCAGUGGGACACAGAUGACAUUAAAGAAGCAAUUAGUUUCUACAGUUAAGUGAUAAUGACAGUAUAACACACCGGAACUUAUGGGACACAAUGAAAGCAGUCCUAAGAGGGAAAUUUAUAGCAGUGAAUACCCAUCUCAGGAAAAUAGAGCAAGCGCAAAUAAACAACUUAAUAGUGAACCUCAGACUUCUAGGAAAAGAAGAGCUGGCUAAGCCAAAAGCACAUACAGGGAGGAAAUUAUAAAGAUCAGAGCAGAAAUUAAUGCAUUGGAAACUAAAAAAACAAUACAAAGAAUCAAUGAAU